CUCACAGAUUCUUCUAAAUACAAAGGCAACCAAGCAGUGUCUGACUAGGCAUUUCUUUCAUCGAACGCGUCCUCUUUGGUUCUGCAAGUUGCUGCUCCCGGUGUCCACCCUCUCACCGCCCCAGACACAGCUACAAAUGAUUCCAACACCAUUUGGGUCAGGCCGGAAUUGAGUUUUUUUUAGUUAGAAGUCUUUUUAGUUCGAUUUGGCUGCAUGCCAACUGACUUGCAGAUUAAAAUUGUCCAAUCAGUUUCUGCCCCUAAUGGUUUGCCAGCCUUCUUAAUUCAUAGUACAACAUUUUGACGAAUUGUGUCAAAAAGUGGCGAGGCGGAAGGACCUAUCUAGUUCGGUAGCGACUUUAGAGUUUCAAUGAGCAACUCGUCACAGCUCGCUGCAGUAAAUGGUGUCCAUCGUCGAGGCAUCGGAGGGGAACAUUAUGUUUUGCAGAAUUGCAAAACAUAUACCCAGUUUGGAUUUGGGCGGUAUUGUAGCUUUGGUGGGCAGUAGUGCAUCCGCAGCUGCACUUCCGUACACUUGUAUAAUUCGAGGGCGGUUACCAUACUUGAAUACCUAUGUAACUCCAGGGACUUUAGGCCUUGCUUAUGCGGUGUUAACUUGCAUUAAUUGGCGGCCGGCACAAAUUUUGGCUGGUGCUGGAGAAACUAGGUCAAUGUUAGAACUUUACGGAUUGAAAGCAAGUGGUACGGCCACCUACGUUGGUCUGAAAUCGGGAACAAGUCUGCAAGUCCGAGGUAUUGCGGGAGAUGCGUUGGUGCCGGAGCUUGUGACGAAAGGCAAGAAAAGAGUCGAUGCACAACAUGCCAUUGGGCGACAAUCUGGGAGGCCAACGCUUGUCAUUUGGGCGGACAUUAUUAGCGAUGUUGACGGGGAGGUGGUUGUUUGGAAUGAGAAUGGAGCUUUGAUAAGUGUGAUUGCCACUCUUGUGUCUUCUGUAGCGGCAGUUUUAUGUGCCCUGUGCCAUGAAUGGCUCUCGCUUUCUGUGGUAGUUUCAGGUAUGCUUCUGAAUGCCGCCUUGGGCUUUUUACUUCGACAGCGAGUAUAUAAAUUUGUCAAAACGCAAGCGGCACAGGGAUCGCCUCCUGGAGAUGCUUUGGUAUUGCUGAAUGAUGAACCGGAUGCACUCUGCGUGGUGCGGGGCAGCGAGAAUGCCAUUCAGAGGCUGUUUCAAAGGGAACUGGAAGAAACCGGCUUUACUAAUCCUCUUCCGUUGUUUCUGGUGUGUGUGGCUAUGAUGGUUUACACAGCUGUAGUGGUACUAGGGGUGCCACACAUGGGAGUAACUGGCCAAAUACUAUUAUUGAUUGCCAUCUUUGUUGGAGCAAUAGUUGACUUGGUAAAGGGUAGUUGGGAUGGCAAGAAGGCAAUUGCCAAAGCGGCAAUCGACAAGUACGAAAUUAAAACAGUCAGCGUGAAAAAAUUCGGAAAUCGAACUGCGGCAGUAGCGUGUGUAGCUGCUGGCAGUUCGAAGACAGAUGCGUUGCAACGAUCAGGAGUGUUGCCUGCCACUGGCACGGCAUGGGAAAGUUGGUGGGGAGUAUUGAAUACCCUGGUUCAAGAGGGUGACAGACAGGAUCGGAGUGCACCCCCUAAUCUCGUUGAAAGCAGGUAUUUGCAACUGUCGGCCGAUCCGCUGUGGCCCAUCAUACUAGAUGACAUGUUGAAUGGUUAUUCAGAAGCGUGCCAUCCUCAAGAGGUUGAUGAGUGAUCAAUCUUACCAAUGUGGCCUUUGCCAAUAGUAGGUGAAAUUUGUUCCGAUUUUGGAUGACUUCUUCAAUAGCAUUGAGAUUGCCUUCGAUUCAAUGUGAUGGGUAAUUUUCAAUGUG